AUGAUCCCACUGCACAAAUUUGAAAUCCUGGAGGUCGGUGAUUUGAUUGAACCAGGUGGUCAGAGUGAAGUUGAUGAGAAUCCUGAGUAUGCUCUAGAUGUUAUUGGUAUGAUUGAAGAGUGGGAGCCGGCGUCCCGUAUUCCAACCAGGUACGGGGAAAGGGAGACACUACGAUUCAAGUUAUCUAAUGGAAGGGUAUCAUAUGGUGUGUGCUUAUGGGGGGAGUUGGCUGUUACUGUAAGCAAAGAAUAUGAAUCUGAAAAGAAAAAGCCUGUCGUCGUGAUUAUUGCAAGCUCUAAGUUGACGACAUUUCGACAAGAAUUACAAAUUGGUGCAUUGCCAUCCACAAGGAUUUAUUUAAAUCUUAACAUUGAGGCGGUUGAACUUUUCCGUAAAAGAUUAGAAGCAGAAGGUUACAAAUCACCCGUUGUUGCAAGGAGAGCCACUAUAACCCCUACUCCUGCUACUCCUGUAUUAAUGUUUUCGUUGAGACAUUUGACGGAAAAUAUCACAUCUUUGGCAGAAAAGAGUACUGUUAUGGUGACUUUUAAGAUAUCUGAUAUUGAAGACAAGGAAAACUGGUGGUACUAUGCCUGUCAGUCAUGCCACGAAGAAGUCGAAAAGGUUGAAAGAAAGUACAAGUGUACUGUUUGUCCCCGUAGCUUCUCAUAUGGGGAAAAGAGGUUUCGACUACUGGUGUUAGCUGAUGACAACUCCUUUGCAUCUACAGUUCUUCUUACGGAUCGUGUGGUUAAACGUUUAGCACAGACCACAGUCACCAAUCUCAUGAACUCUUCCAAAGAGGCUCCUAUCAGUGAGAUGCCUUCAGUGCUGAAAAACAUUGUUGGAAAGACUGUUACCGUAAAGAUAUCUCUCUCAAAAUCUAAUGUUGAUGGAGACAGUAACAUAUACAGAGCUGUGGAUUUGUGUGAAGGUUCUGUUUCUGGCAAGAAAGCUGCCGAGUAUUCCCCUAUUACUAAGUUCCCGUCAUUUGAUCAAUCACAGACUGAUGAUUAUGUUGUUUGCUUGGAGACUCCUACUUCAUCAGAUUCUGUUUCUAAGAAGAUAAAAAUGGAACCUUGA